AUGGAACAACGACUACACGCCAAGUGCAUACGAGGCCCACAGAAGGGGACCCUCAUCCCACCCUUCCGACUUGCCAUCAUCGAGGAGGGGCUCUAUCGCGGCGCCUACCCUCAGAAACGCAACCUUCAGUUUCUCAAACGGCUGAAGCUGAAGACGAUCAUUUCGCUGCUGCCGGGUGAGCCCAGCGAUGACCUGAAGGGCUUCUGCAAGCAGCACAACAUCACACACUUGCCGUUCGCCGUAGGGAAGAUGAAGGACGAGGUCACCGUCUCUCCGGCUCUCGUCGCCCAGAUUCUCGAGACCUGCAUCAGCCCUCAAAACCUGCCGCUGUUCAUCCACUGCCUGGAUGGAGCGAACAUCACCGGCAUCGUGGUCAUGUGCCUCCGAAAAUUGCAAAACUGGAACCUGUCGGUGUCCACCACCGAGUUCACACGGUUCACGCGCGGACACUCCAUAAUGUCCGUCGAGUCCGAGUUCGUGGAAAUGUUCAGAUCGGAGAUCAAGAUACCACUUGACAUCCCCAACUGGUACCACCUCGCCUUCGAGCUCUUCUUGAGGGAGUUGGUGCUUGGCACCCUAGGCGAGGCGAGUGGCGACAGGCAAAAGCGACACCCGACCCUCAAGCUGAAGCUGACCAAGUCGCCCGAGGAGGAGGCCAAGAAGCCGGCCGAGCCGUCCACGCCCAAGCGAAAGUCCAAACCCAAGAGGAAGCUGGACACCAGCGACAGCGACAGCGAGCCUGAGCCCGACAUCCUCCAAAAGGGUAUGGAGAGCAUGCGAGUUUCUAGAGAUGUCGAAGCGCUCGAUCUGGAGCUCAAAGGCUGGGAGAAGGCGCAGACCAACAAGGAGAAUCAGAGCUGA